AUGCGAGGUAGCGGCAUGGCGGUGCAGGAGGACGUGCGCGGGCCUCUGGUGUUUCAAUGCCGCGAGUGUCUGACCAUCAUCGGAGACUCCUUCUCCAUGGUGUCUGCGGUCGAGAGCCUCGAUGCCAUCAUCCUCUCUGUCGCUGUGCAAUGCACAACGGGACGAAGAACGUCGGAUGGGCAUGGCAGUAUCUACCAAGAGGUCAGGUGCACGUGUGGCAACUUGAUAGGACGAUGUUUCUUCAAACAUCCUCACUCAGAGCAGUAUGACAUCUUUUAUGAGCUGGGAAGUGGCAACGACAAUCCUCUGGUCCCGCCACUUGGCGAUGUCACGACAUCGAACAACUCCAAUCAAGCCAUCGAGAGGAUUUUGGAAACAAUCCAGGCAGACAUCGCAAAGGUACUCGAAUGCCAUCUUGACUUGUGUGCCGGUAUUGUCCGACCAUACAAUCAGAUGAAGGCGAUGACUCUCUUGUUCGACGAGCGCUUGUCUAGUGUCGAGGCCGUGUGCAAACCUGUAGGCUCGAAAGGAAGUUCAAAACAAGGGGAAGACACGGAGGUGCAGGAAAAUCCAAAGAAGAGGCGGAGAUAG